AUGUUCUACUCAAGAAAGGCAUUGCCAUCAUUACUACUAGCAUCACGCAACCUAUCCAUCCCACAUCCUACAUGCACUAUUCGACCCAUAUCACUAUCACGUCGCAUGAUAUCGAGCUCUUAUCCACGACCCAUAUGGAUCCCCAAUCGCGACUCUCUAUCGGAAGAUGAUCCACGACGUGCAGAGGUAUUUGAGGAUGACACAGAUGUUGUUAUUGUGGGUGCUGGACCAGCAGGUCUUGCAGCUGCUAUACGUCUCAAGCAGUUAGCCCAAGAUGAACUACGUGUCAUGGUUGUUGAAAAAGCGGGUGAAUUGGGCGCCCAUACUUUGAGUGGUGCUGUAUUAGAGCCACGUGCAUUGAAUGAAUUGAUUCCAGAUUGGCAAGAGCGUGGAGCUCCUCUCCAUACACCCGUAACAAGCGACAGCAUGCAAUUCUUGACGCGUUCUAUGUCAUUACCUUUGCCGUUGCCACCCACCAUGGAUAACCAUGGCAACUAUGUUAUAUCACUCAGCAACUUUGUGAAAUGGUUGGGAGAACAAGCAGAGGAAUUGGGAGUGGAAAUCUAUCCUGGGUUUGGCGGAAGCGAGUUACGAUAUCAUCCUGAUGGCAGCGUUGCAGGUGUGCAGCUAAAUGAUCUUGGUCUUGACAAAAACUUUAAGCCCAAGGAUAAUUACGAGCGUGGUAUGGCAAUCAAUGCCAAGGUGACUUUACUUGCUGAAGGUUGCCAUGGAUCGCUUACCAAGACUUUGAUCAACAAAUUCAACUUGAGAAAGGAUCGACAACCACAAAAAUAUGGCAUUGGAUUGAAAGAAGUAUGGGAGAUUGAUCCUGCAAAGCAUGAUCCCGGCAAAGUGGUACACACGAUUGGUUGGCCCCUAAGCUUUCAGACCUAUGGAGGAGGUUUUCUUUACCAUUUUGAAGCUGAGAGACAUUUGGUGUCUAUUGGUUACGUCGUCGGCCUUGAUUACAACAAUCCAUUCAUGAACCCAUACAAGGAGUUCCAACAAUUCAAGCUGCAUCCUUCUAUCAAACCUAUCCUCGAAGGUGGACAAUGCAUUUCUUAUGGAGCAAGAGCUCUUAAUGAAGGAGGAUACCAAUCAAUCCCUAAGCUUACAUUUCCGGGAGGCGCACUAAUUGGUUGUACAGCUGGCUUUUUGAACGUGCCAAAGAUCAAAGGCACCCACACAGCAAUGAAAACAGGCAUGAUGGCAGCUGAAGCGACGUAUGAAAGACUACUUGGAUCAACCAAGGAGCAGCAGCAGCAAGGACCCAUUCUAUUAGAUAAUUAUGAGACGGCCUUUAACAAAUCAUGGGUGCAUGACGAGUUGUAUGCUGUACGCAACUGCAAGCCAUCCUUCCAUACAGCAUUAGGAAUCUAUGGGGGCCUCCUGUAUUCAGGUAUCUCGACAAUGAUUACAAAGGGUCGUGAACCAUGGACGUUCAAGCAUGGCAAACCUGAUUGGGCGGAAUUGGAUCCUGCAGCGAUUUGCAAACCAAUCCCAUAUCCCAGGCCUGAUGGGAAGAUAACGUUUGAUUUGUUGACUAAUGUUUCACGCACCGGUACGAACCAUGCUGAAGAUCAACCUUCUCACUUACGACUGCGCGAUAAGGAUGUGCCUGUGGAACGAAAUCUCGCUGUUUACGAUGGCCCUGAAAGCCGUUUUUGUCCUGCGGGUGUCUAUGAAUUUGUAGAUGAUGAAGCACGCCCUGGUCAGAAAAGAUUGCAAAUCAAUUCCCAAAACUGCAUACACUGCAAGACAUGCGAUAUCAAGGAUCCCUCUCAAAACAUUGAUUGGACCGUCCCUGAAGGUGGUGAUGGACCCAAGUAUGUGUGGACAUAA